CGACCCAUCUGUGAAAUUUAAUACCCAAUUAAAACCAUCAAUUUACUUUCAAAGAUUGAUUCGUUGUUUUUCGAUUUAGUAGUAAUCAAAAGCCCCACCCAAUAUGUUGUUGCUUUACAUUUUACUUAUUUUAUCUAUUUCUGGAAUUAUAAAUUCCCAGCAACAAUGCUACAGAUGUUUCGGAAGUAACUUUUGCAAUAACCCUGCUGAUCCCAGUUUCCAGACAAACGUUCACAUAGUCGACUGUCCUGCAACUGAUAUUUACGAAAAUCUACCAAAAAAGGGAAGUUUGUUGGUUCAAAAGCUCCUUAAACACCUUGAGGAAAGUUCCAGAAACCACACUGCUACAUUUUCAACAUGGGGCUGCCUUACAGCUACUAUACACGAAGACCAUGAGGUUCACACGAUCCGUACGUGUAUUAAUAACGCUGUCACUAUUUGCCCCACUGUAGUAAACGUAGUUCUUAAUCCGGGCUUAAACGAGAUUCCCGAAAAUGUAGAAAUCGACUGCGGAGGCUGUACAGGGGAUGCUUGCAAUGAUCAUUCGUUUUUAAGGCCUGAAAGUACAACUUCACCAUCAUCAUCAACAACAAUAACAUCCACUUCAACUAAAAAUGGAACAAGUACAGUUUCUGAACUAUCAACUUCUACUACUACUACAGAAACUUUAACGUCUGAAGCAUCGUCAACUACAACUGGCGCACCUGGUGAAAGUACUACUGAAGAUUCUAGUGGUGAUGAUAAAAAUGAUGAUAAUGAUGGUGGUGAUGAUGGAUCAUCGGCCAACACGCGCGUUGCUUCUUAUAUUUUGUUGAUUUUGGCAAGCUUAAGUGUUGUGUUAGGAUUAUAUUGAAAAAUGAUGAACAAAUAAAUAACAUAUUUUGA